CCUAAGCAACCGCCAGCGUCACUUUCCAUCAUCUGAGUAAUCCAAAACUUCCCGCUAAAUAUUUUCUUGGAGGAGUGGCGGUGACCCCCACCCUCCCACCUUUGCUGUCUCUCUCUCAAGCUGGAAUUAUUAGGCAAUGAACACCCCACCCUGGCACAGCUAACUCGAAACCACAGGCUGUUGUCUGUCACGCCCCUUUGGCAGCUGGGACAGGAAAAGCAGGGGGAGAGCCGAGUGGGGGAAGUGGGGUGAGCUUUAAAUACCAGCCAGAUGGGCCGGGAGCCGCAGGCUGAACUGGCAGGAGACGCCUAGAGAGCAACGCGGAGCAAGGUCACAUUGGAGUCGCUUCUCUCCUCCUCUUCUCUGGAAACAAAAAUGGACUCAGCUAAAGCGCAUGGAUUCCUGACAGCCAGCUUCCUCCUCCUCCUUGCUUUCCUGGGGGAUCCCACAGCAGCCUGCUCCUGUGCCCCUCGGCACCCCCAGUCUGCAUACUGCUAUGCUGAUGUCGUCAUCAGGGGUAAAUUUGUGGGAGUCAGCAAGCAGCUUGUGAACAUCUCCGUAGGAGAACCUGUGUGGUGGGUGCGCCAUGAGAUCAAAAACACCAAGGUGUACAAGGGCCCCGAGGAGAUGCAAGAUGUCCGUUUCCUCCACACCCCUGCCAUGGAAAGUGUCUGUGGCUACGAACACAAGGGGCCUCUCAAAGGAGAAGAGUAUGUCAUUGCAGGCAUGCUGGAAGGCGAUCGUGUCAUGAUCACAGCUUGCUCCUUCAUCCAGCCGUGGGCUCUGCUCUCUCUUGCACAGAAACGAGGCCUGAGUUCAGACUACAGCAAGGGAUGCAACUGCACAAUUGUGCCCUGCAAUUCCAUGCCAUGCUCCAUCACCUCCGACAAUCAGUGCCUGUGGACAGAUGGGAUCAUAUCCCGGUUAUGGGAUGGCUUCCAGGCCAAACGCUUGGCCUGCCUACCCCGGGUUGAAAGCGCCGGCCUCUGCACCUGGCAAUCACUGAGCACCCAGGGGCCAGGCUCCCUUCGCAAGGCUCACCUGAGACAGUGACAUCUUCAUGGACUCUGACAGAGCUGGUCCUCCUCCCCGUGAAUAAGCCCCUCCCCCCUGGGUUGUCUCUUUUUAAAUAAAUGGCAGUUCCGAACUACCUACUCUGCA